UACUCCGUAAAACGACGCGCUGAUUUGGAUUUCGCCCCAGCCACCACCAUCGCUGCUGCUUCCACCAAAGAAAACGCCGUUGGCCCACCGCAAUUCUCUCUCUUCCCUAUCAGAAUCGCGAACCAUACAGCGGCGGAGUAACGUAGCCGAGCAAUGGGGAGCUCAACCGCGGGGGUUACGGUUACGGACGACUCUGCCGCCGCCAUCUCCGACGAGGACGGCGCCACCACCGACACCGACGUCGACGUCAAAGGUGCCGUCGACUCUUCUCUUCCCUCCGAUCCCAGCCCCUUCUCCCAAGGCGAGAAGGUCCUCGCCUUCUUUCAGAAUCACGUUUACCCUGCCAAGGUGCAAAAAGUUGAUGUCCGACUGAAGGAAUGGAGAUUCUACGUUCAUUAUCUCGGGUGGAAAAAAAGUUGGGAUGAAUGGGUCAGCAUGGAUCGUCUAAUGAAAUUUACUGAAGAGAAUGUGCAGAAACAGGUGGUGUUUAACAAGAAAAAGAGUACAGAGAAGAUCACAAAGACCGGAGAAGUGGUCUUUCUUGUAAGCUGUGAUUUGAAUACUUUUGCAGUGGCAAGAGGGAAGAAGCGGAAGAUUGACUCUGUUGAAAAGGAGAAGGACAAUUUGACACCAGAAAAGCUACUCAACAUCCUUCUUCCAUCCACAUUGAAGAAGCAAUUAGUUGACGACUGUGAGUUUAUUACUCAUUUGGGCAAGCUUGUAAGACUUCCACGUAAUCCAAAUGUUGAUGAUAUAUUGAAGAAGUAUCUUGAUCACAGGUUGAAGAAGGAUGGCGCGAUAGCUGAUUCAAUUGAAGAAAUUCUAAAUGGUUUACGUUGUUACUUCGACAAAGCAUUGCCAGCUAUGCUUCUCUACAAAAGUGAGCGCCAGCAAUACCAAGACGCAACUGCAGAUCAUGUCUCUCCUUCAACUGUGUAUGGUGCUGAACAUCUAUUACGACUCUUUGUUAAGUUGCCGGAGAUGCUAUACUAUGCCAACAUUGAAGAGGAGACACUUAAGGAGUUACAACAGAAGCUACUGGACUUUCUCAAAUUCCUGCAGAAAAAUCAAAGUUCGUUCUUCUUAUCUACUUACCAGACCCUGGAAAGUUCUGAUGCAUGCACUAAGAAACAAGAUGAUUGAGCGAGGACGGAUUCUGGUAACCUGUAUAUAAAACCAUCAAACUACUGCUUGAUUUAUAGGGUAGCUGUCCUUUGACCAUUGCCUCUUUUUUCCCCUUGGCUUCUAACUUAGUGAAAUUGUUCCAUGUUUAAGGAAACCCUGUAAUGUGCUAGCUUGUUUACUUGUGAGAGUAGAUUAAAGGUUGUGGUAUGCUUACCGUGAACACAUUCUUCCCCAUUUUCUUAUGAACAGAAAGAGAAUCCCCUAAAAUAGUUUUCCUUCA